GUUUUGCACCGUAUCGGUGCCGGUUUGGGCGGCGCGGGGGGGCGCGGCUGCUCCGCCCGGCGUGCGCGGGGGCAGCGCGGCGCGUCCCCGGCUGCGGGCGGCUUCGCUCCGCUCGGCUCCGCGGGGCUGCGGCGACAUGGAAGCGGUGGACCAGCUCGCCUCCGCGGGCACUUUCCGCGUGGUGAAGGAGCCGCUCGCCUUCCUCAGGGUGCUCGAGUGGCUUUUUGCAAUCUUUGCAUUUGCAACAUGCGGUGGGUACUCUGGAGGACUGCGCCUCAGUGUGGACUGUGCAAACAAGUCAGAGAGUGACCUCAGCAUUGACAUAGCCUUUGCCUACCCCUUCAGGUUGCACCAAGUGAAUUUCGAUGCUCCCACUUGUGAAGGCAAGCGCCGAGAAAAGCUCUCCUUGAUAGGGGACUUCUCAUCUUCAGCAGAGUUCUUUGUCACCAUUGCAGUCUUUGCCUUCCUCUACUCGCUGGCUGCCACCGUGGUUUAUAUCUUCUUCCAGAACAAGUACCGUGAAAACAACAGAGGGCCUCUAAUUGAUUUCAUUGUGACAGUGGUCUUCUCAUUCUUGUGGCUAGUGAGCUCAUCUGCUUGGGCUAAAGGACUGUCAGAUGUAAAGAUUGCAACCGACCCAGACGAAGUGCUGUUACUGAUGUCUGCCUGCAAACAGCAGUCCAACAAAUGCUUGCCUGUUCGCAGCCCUGUUAUGUCAAGCCUCAACACUUCGGUUGUCUUUGGCUUCUUGAACUUUAUCCUCUGGGCAGGCAACAUCUGGUUUGUGUUUAAGGAGACGGGCUGGCACUCCUCGGGCCAGCGGCAUGCUCCAGACACCAUGGAGAAGCAGUCCAGUGGCUACAAUCAAGGUGGCUAUAACCAAGACAGCUACGGGCCGGCUGGUGGCUACAACCAGCAGGGCUCCUAUGGCCAGGUGGGUGAAUAUGGCCAGUCGCAGAGCUAUGGCCAGAGCGGCCCAACCUCCUUCUCUAAUCAAAUUUAGGGUUCAUGGAGCACGAGCUCUUGCGUUCCUCAUUUGUAGAGAGUUUAAGAAGUCUCAAGUUUCAGUGGCGCCAGAUUUUUAAGGGUUAUACAUAAAUUAAUACUACAACAAGGUGUUUAAUGUUGAUUAAAGAUCUAUGCCUACCUCCUGAGGCAGAUGGGAGGUGGCCGGUGGCUGGAGUUGGCCUUUUGUUCCCUGACCUGCCAGGUACAGGGGAUGUGCUUAUCGUGGGUGGUGACCUGGAGUCAGUGUUGUAGUAUGUACUGUAGAGAUAACUUUAUGGUAGUUUUGUAUGUGUUAAGAUGGUAGAAGCAUUUUGUAGCCUCAAGUCUGUAGUAUUUAACACGCAUAAUAUAAUUGAAUUUCCUUCUGCAUUUUGGUGAAAAACGAAAGUGGUUUACUAUUAUUUUUACAGAUUAUUCUGUAUAUCCAUGCAUGUAACAUUGCACCUAAAUUUUCAAAACUGCCUGUCUGUGACUCUUCAGAGCAUUUGUUUGAGUUAUACCUUUUUUUUUGUUUCAGAAGAUUUUACUAUCAUUUUAGUUAACUGAGUCAUCCGUAAUUUAGUGCAUGGAUAAACAGUUUCAUACUACCAAAUAUCUGGACUGUGUAAACGGAACUUCUCGACUUCAGCCACUACAUUUUGUUACAUGUAUGUUUAAAAGAAGUAUGCAUCUUUUAUAUAUUUUGCAGAGUUGAAUAUAUGGCUUACCCGAGUUCUGAAUGCUUUGUAACUAAACCGUUUUUCCUUGAAAUGGCAUUCAGUAGUAUAUAUGGUACCCGACCAAUGUUUAUUCCAUUUAACUCAGCUAAGUAUUCAUUCUAUAAAUCACUAUUUCUAUGGAUGUUUUGUGAAUCUUUUAAUGUGAGCUGUGGAAAAUAAGGACCAAGUAACUGUGUUAUAUGUUUACAAAAGUAUUUAUUUAACUAAGAUAAACAGAGGUGCAGAUAUCAGUAUACAAAACCAUGUGAAAAUGCCCUGUUGCUUAAUACAGCAAAACAUGAAAACCGCAUGUUUGUUGUGACCUUACAAAGCAGCAAUAUUCCUUUAUACCCUCUCAUAACAUGGAAACCUUUCCGUCUGUGCUGUGUAAACAUUCUUAGAUAUCCCUCUGUUCUGUCGCUGCUCUGAGCGCUAGCUUGGUGCUACUGGAGAAUGUAACUGGAUUGACCAAAUAACCCAGGCUCAGAGGAACUCAUCCUAAAAUGGCCAGAGCCAAACUUGUAGCCCGUUUGGAUUUCUCCCUGGGAAAUUCAGCCCUUCCUCACUACAGCAUAUGGGAGAGAUUAACACAAAUGAAAGCCUGAUGUACUAAUGAAAGCACAAUGUACUAAUCAAAACUGAUCAUCUGCAUUUCUAAAUCAAAGUGUAUCAGUAUAUAAUGUUAUUGUAUGAGCUGUAAUGUUGAAAGCAUCUUAGCUUAAAACAGCUUAGUCUCUUCUAUGAUUGUUGUAACCAAUUUAUGGCUACUCAGUGGAUGAAUCUAUAUUGUGAUAUCUAUUUGACCCUAAUAAAGUUAUUGCAUACAA